GCAUGACGUCACGCGCUGCCCGGAAGCGGCGCCGUGUGCGCGGUGGAGGCGCGUAGCCAGGGGCCGCGCGGGAACCCGGCCGCGGCCGCGGAGUUUCUUCUCUUCUUGCCCGGAGAGCCAUGGAGGUGGUGGAAGCCGCCGCUCAGCUGCAGACGCUGAAGUUCGGGGGCGUCGGCGUGGAGGCGGGCGAAGGACUGGCGGUUCCGGCGCUGGGCCCCGCUGCGCUCUCUGCGCAGCACCCGGACGGGGGGUCCCUGGACCGCGCGGAGAAGCAGCAGCUUAAGCGGGUGCCGCCAGCAGGCCCGCAGCCGCCUCACCGGGGAAGCUGCCCGGAGACGUCUGACUCGGACUCGGAUUCGGAUUCGGACACGGACAGUGAAACAGAUUCCUCCGAUAGUUCAAGCUCCUCCUCUUCCUCAUCAUCAUCCUCAUCAUCCUCCUCUGGUGUAUCCCUUCCUCCAGUGCUGUCAGACGGAGAAGAUGAUUCACAAGUUGAGAAGGAAAAUAAGAAUUUUCCUCUUAAAACAAAAGAUGAGUUACUUCUUAGUGAACUACCUUCUGUUGAAGAACUCACUAUUAUUCUGCCUGAAGAUAUUGAAUUAAAGCCUCUUGGAAUGGUUUCAAGUGUUAUUGAACAGUUAGUAAUAAUUGAAUCUAUGACUAACAUACCUCCAGUUAAUGAGGAGACUGUAAUUUUUAAAAGCGACCGACAGGCAGCAGGAAAGAUAUUUGAGAUAUUUGGACCUGUUGCGCAUCCAUUUUACGUAUUACGGUUUAAUUCUUCAGAGCACAUUGAGAGUAAAGGUAUUAAAAUAAAGGACACUAUGUAUUUUGCUCCAUCAAUGAAAGACUUUACCCAGUAUAUAUUCACAGAAAAACUUAAACAGGAUAGGGGGUCAGAUGCCUCGUGGAAAAAUGAUCAAGAACCACCACCAGAAGCCUUAGAUUUCAGUGAUGAUGAAAAGGAAAAAGAAGCCAAACAGAGGAAAAAAUCUCAGAUUCAAGGGCGGAAAAAGUUCAGAUCUGAAUUUAAUGAACCAGGUGAAGAUUUUGCAGAAGUACACCAGAAUUGGAAUGUUCAUAGCUCUGCCUCGGAGCCUUCAGCAGGCUAUUGCAACAGAGAAUUCACACGGGGAUAUUCCCGGGGUAGACACUCUCGGCCUUGCCCUGGCCAGCCCCCACUGCCACAGUUUUACCACUCAGGACCCAUGGCGCCUCAGGAGACCCCAGGAUUUCCACCUCAGAGACAGGAUAGUCUCGUGAUGCCACAGUACCCUUUCCCUCCUCCCGUGUUCGACAUACACAAUUUCUCCCUUCCUCCCCCUCCCCCACCCCCGCCGCCGCCGCCUGUAUCUGCAAACAUGGGUUGGGCUACACCUGCGGUGGCCCCUCACCAAUUACUUCCCUUACCAUAUGCCCUCCCUCCACCCCCACCACCCCCACCACUGCCUCCUCCCUCCUCUUCUGAAGACAGUAAUUCUUCUCAUUUUGGACCUUACUAUUAGGUGGAUGUAUGCAUUUCCUGAGAAAUGUGGACUUUGUAUAUUAUUUGGAAAGGAUUUUUUUUCUAAAGAGAUUAUGGAGGUAGAUUUUUAAAACACUGUAAAUUACUAAAUGCUUCCUUCACUUGUAAGUAGUUGAGGUAUAUAUUCAGUUGAUAUAUGUAUAUUAUAACCUUUGUGAAAUUGUAUUCACGAGAAUUUAACUUUAAAUUGAUGGGGUGAAAGUCCAAUUAUGUAAUAUUUAAUUAAAACUAAACCCUGCCCAAUUAAAGAUUAUGUAAAGAUCUAAUAAUAGACUUGGAGCAAGUUCCAUCAUGUAUUAAACUAUGCUGAAAAUAA